AUGUUCGGCAGGAUCUUCAUCCCCAAGAAGCACCGCCAGCGCUUCGACCAGGCCGUCUCCCAGAACCUCAUCCAGCGCAUGUGCCGCAGCAAGAGCAUCAGCGAGCCGCAGGGACGCCUGCGCCGCAGCCGCAGCGAGGACCACCCCGACCGCCACCGCGGCUCCAAGAGGGCCAGCUCCGUCCCCCGCGAACCCGCUGAGCACGUGAGGGAGAGGGGAGCCAGGAAGUCUGUGAUAUCAGUGCAUCCAGGGCCGGGAGCCAAUCAGAGGACUUUGCGUGUCUACCGGGGGAAGAAGAGCUUUGGUUUCACCCUGCGUGGUCAUGCUCCCGUCAGCAUCGACUCUGUUAUCCCAGACAGCCCGGCUCAGGAAUGCGGCCUGAAGCCAGGAGAUCGCAUCCUCUUCCUCAACGGGCUGGACAUGAGGAACUGCUCCCAUGAGAAGGUGGUGUCCAUGCUGCAGGGCAGCGGGGCCAUGCCCACCCUAGUGGUGGAGGACGGCCCCGCUGACUACUGCUACUCGGACCACAGCGACCCCGAGGACUCCGGGGGCUCCAUGCUGGCCCCCACUGCCGUGCCACGCUCCAGUUCCCCGGCCCUCAGCUCUCUGCAGUGGGUAGCGGAGAUCCUGCCCCCCAGCAUCAAGGUGCACGGCCGCACCUUCAGCCAGCAGCUGGACCACCUUCUGACGGUCCAGGAGCGCUACGCCGUCUGCAAGGCCCUGGAGACGUUCUUCCAGCACAGGAACGUGGACACCCUGAUCGUCGACGUGUUCCCGGUGCUGGACACCCCGGCCAAGCAGCUCAUCUGGCAGUUCAUCUACCAGCUGCUGACCUACGAGGAGCAGGAGCGCUGCCAGAGCAAGAUCUCACGCUUCCUGGGCUUCAAGAGCGCAGCGGCGGUGGAGCCUGAGCCUGUGCUGACGGAGCACCACCGUAGGAGCAGCUCAGUGCGUGUACGCAGCACGUCGUACCGCAGCAGCAUGCAGGAGAGGAGCUCCGACGACUGCAUCAUCGGGACCCACCUGGGGAUGGGGAUUCAUGUCGAAGCGCCCGACAGCCCCGAGGAGAGGGAGUGCGGAGACGGGACCUCGUUCCCAGAGUCCCCCGACAUGAAAAACAUGUCAGGCCUGUACACGGAGCUGGGCAACGUGUACGCCGCCAAGAGCGCCUCGCCCCCGCACGCCGCCGCCCCCCCCUCGCCAGCCCCGGAGGGGCGGGGCCAGGCCGAGCCCUACCGAGGGCGUUCGCUCUCCCCCCUCACCCUCCCCCCGCUGACAGGGAGCCACACCAAGUCGGGCCUGUCCCUGUCCUGGAAGGAGCCCCUGCCCACGCCCGUGUACGAGCUGUACCACCAGGGCAGCCAGGAGUCCAACCCCUACGUCAGCCUGGAGAGCCCCCCCGCCUCCCCCCACCCCUCCAACGGCAGCAGCGGGGGCCUCAGCCCGCUGGGCCGCCGCAAGAAGCUCUUCACCUUCUCCCGGCCGCCGCGCAGCCGCGACACCGACAAGUUCCUGGACGCGCUGAGCGAGCAGCUGGGCCACCGCGUCACCCUGGUGGACGAGGGCCUGCCCCCCGCCGCCGACAACGACUACGAGGAGAUGAGCUACCAGGAGGAGCAGGAGCCGUGCUUGGCGCCGCGCCAGCUGAGCAGCGACGGCAGCGACGGCCGCAGCAGCAGCGACGACAUCACCUCCUUCUCCUCGGGCUCCGAGCCCAUCCCCCCGCCCCCCUCCCAGAGCCCCCCGCCGCCGCCCUCCUUCGCGUCCCCCAUCCCGCCGCCCUUCCAGUUCACCGACCCGCACCCGACCGUGCGCUUCUCCCCGGAGCACAUCCCCCGCGCCCGCAUGGCCUUCCACCCCCAGCACCCCAUCAUCCCGCCGCCGCCGCCGCCCCCCAGGCUGCUGCUGUCGGGACGGCCCCGGCUCCACCAGGCCCCGCCCCCCAGGGAGGAGGAGGAGGAGCCGCCGCCGCCGGGCAUGACCCACGACCCCCAGCGGUUCCAGGGCACCUUCGCCCGGAUCCCGCGCUCGGGGACCCAGACGCUGGCGGGCCGGCGGUCCCAGCCGUCCACCCGGACCCCCCACCUGCCGCGGCAGAUCAGCACGCCCCAGCCCCUGAGGCAGCCCUCGCCCCAGCCCUCGCCCCAGGUGCUGAGGCCCAGCCACCUGGUGCUGCAGCGGCACCACCAGCUGCACCACCAGCACAGCUACCAGGGCCCGCUGCCGCCCUCGGCCCAGGAGCCCGCCCCCCCCCACACCCAGAGCCACUCUCUGGGCCGCAGCCCCGCCACCGCCCACACCACCCGCACCACCCUGCUCACCCACAAGAGCUACGACGCCCCCCUGAUGGAGCUGCCCCCACAGAGGGUAGCCCCUCCCCCACCCCCCCCCCUGCCCCCCCUGCCCCCCUGCGAGCCCCCUCCCCUGCCCAGGGCCAGCCCCACCCCCUCAGAGUCCAACCACAUGAGCGUCAAAAGGCUGCGCUGGGAGCAGGUGGAGAAGUCUGAGGGCACCAUCUGGGGACAGCUUGGAGAGGACUCAGACUACGACAAGCUGAGUGACAUGGUGAAGUACUUGGACCUGGAGCUGCACUUUGGGACUCAGCGCAGAUCCAUGUCCCCCCCAGAGCCCACCUUCCUGCCUGAGAACUUUAAAAAGAAGGACGUGGUGGAGAUCCUGUCCCAUAAGAAGGCCUACAACGCCUCCAUCCUGAUCGCCCACCUGAAACUGUCCCCAGCCGAGCUCCGCCAGGUGCUGAUGACGGUGACCACGGAGCGUCUGGAGCCCGCCCACAUCAAGCAGCUGCUGCUGUACGCGCCCGACGAGGAGGAGGUGAAGCGCUACCGGCAGUUCGACCAGGACCCCACCAAGCUCAGCGAGCCCGACCAGUUCAUCUUCCAGAUGUUGAUGGUGCCAGAGUACAAGACGCGCCUGCGGAGCCUCCACUUUAAGACCACCCUAGCGGAGAAGACUGAGGAGAUCAAGGUGGCCUAUGAGUACAUCUACAAGGCCUCCACUGAGCUGAGGACCAGCAGGAAACUGGCCAAGAUCCUGGAGUUUGUGCUGGCAAUGGGGAACUACCUGAACAAUGGCCAGCCCAAGAACAGCCGUACCACAGGCUUCAAGAUCAUCUUCCUCACAGAGCUGAGUACGACCAAGACGGUGGACGGUAAAUCGACGUUUCUUCACAUCCUGGCCAAAUCUCUCUGCGAACACUUUCCAGAACUGCUCAACUUUGACAGAGACCUCACAACAGUGCCUCUGGCAGCCAAAGUCAAUCAGAGGGCGGUCACAUCGGAGCUGGUUGACCUCCACUCCACCAUACAGGACAUACGGACCGCCUGCGCAAAGAUCCCUGCCACCUCCGAGGACCACUUCGCCUCUGUCAUGAGCAGCUUCCUGGAGAACAGCCAUCCUGCGGUGCAGUCCCUGGACGCGCUGCAGCACCGCGCCAUGGAGGAGUUCUCCAAGGUGGCCUCCUACUUCGGGGAGGAGAGCAAGGCGACCAGCACCGAGGUCUUCUUCGGCAUCUUCACAGAGUUCAUGUCCAAGUUUGAGCGAGCCCUGGGCGAGACCAAGGCGUCCGAGAACCCCCGCAGCCCCCGGCUGGUCUCCCCUCUGGCGUGGUAGGAACCCCC